UGGUGUUUGUGCGUCGUGUGAUGCCAUCAGAUAGUGCGAUCAUCGUCGUGUCGCCGUCGCGGAGUGUCAGAAAAGUAGAAAAUUUGUAUUUUUCUCUUCCUCCGGAAAGGAAAAUACGGAUCGUUUAGGUGUCGGAAAAUCGGUUGUGUUCGCGGGACGGGAUUUCGCGGUUCGGAAAGAUCAAGCCGGGUCCGGUUUUCGGGACAAAGGAGUCCACAGAAAAAUUGAGUACCUACCUACGUGUUUGUUUUGGGAAGUGACAGUGCUUUUUCGGGUCGGAAGGAGAGUGAAUUUCUGGUGUUUGCAAAUUUAAUUUUCCUUACCAAAUUUUUGUUUGGUUCAUUGGUUCUCGAUUCGAAGAUAAAAAGUUGACCAUUUGCAGCAGUGAUUGUGAUUCUUCUGAAAAGUCCAAUCCCUGUGAGUCAACAGCGUCCGAGUUGUGAAAAUUUGGGUAUCAGUAUCUGAAGAAGCAAAAUCGAUCGAACGGUGGGGAAAGGGGCGAACCAAGAAGAUAACAAACCAAGGAUUGUGUUAUCGUUCCGGUGGUAGAUCAUGGCGGAGCCAAGCGGAGCGCCUCCACAGGAACCACCUGCAAGGGGGCCUGAACCAGGCGAAGCACAGCAAAACAAUAAUAAUGGCAACAAUAACAACAACAAUCGCGGUCAGGAAGCUCCUGCCCCUCCAAUCAUGAUGAACAAUAGGGGCAGGAAUAAUGCUCAGAAUCCAUUAAUUAACGUUCGGGAUCGGCUGUUCCACGCUCUUUUCUUCAAAACGGCCAUUGCCUAUGCUCAGAUGGUUCCCAAACCUGUGCGACGUGCCAUCGAGCUUCUUAUGUUGCUGAAGGCUCUUGCUGCAUUUUUUAUAUUGGUGUAUAUCCACGUUCAUUUCUCUCAAACACCAACCACAUGCCUAGAGCACGUAAAGAACGAUUGGCCCCGUGAUGGAAUUCUUCGGGUGGAAAUCAUACGUCAGAAUCCGAGCGUCCUCAUGGAACUCAAAAGCAAAGAUGCCGCUCAAGAAGAAGCAGAAAUGAACAAUCUGCUACGGAACUCCCUCAAAAAUGGUAUGGUUAGCAUCGACCCAUCUACCACGUUACCCCACGAGCAGCAGGAACAGAACCAAAAUCCAGAGCUAUUGCUGCAAAGCUACGCAAACAGUAGCCCGUGGUCACACCAGCAGCAGCAUUCCCAUAUGAAACCUCGCUUCGGAAAGGAAUCCAUGACGACCCCGGUAGAUCGCGCAUAUCUUGCGGGAGUGGACGGAGGGGGUCCGAAGGUGCCCAUCAAAAGCACGCAGUUCGUUGGCGAAGAGACAAAGAUGGAUGCCACUAAGGCCGAGCCAUCAAACCCCCAAGACCAGUCAAAACAUUCCGAAGCGAAGGCAAUUACAUAUGCUAACGAAACGAUGGCUAAAGAAGUUGUUGCCCAGUUGGCGGAGAAGCCAUUGGAGGAGGAGUCGAAGGUCGAAGCCACUUGGGCUGAUGGACAGUACGUGGUUGAAUAUUCGUUGGAAUACGGAUUUCUCCGCCUAUCAGCAGCCACCAGGCAGCGACUGAAUAUUCCGGUGCAUGUCGUCACUUUGGAUCCGGAGAAAGAUAAGUGCUUUGGUGAUUCCUUCAGUCGGUUAAUUUUGAAGGAAUUUCUCGGAUACGAUGAUAUCCUGAUGGCCUCGGUUAAGGUCUUAGCUGAACAGGAGGAUAACAAGGGUUACCUGCGGAAUGUGAUUACCGGAGAGCAUUACCGGUUCGUUUCUAUGUGGCUGAUGUCGCGUAGUUCGUACUUUGCGCCGUUCUUCAUCAUGAUCCUGUUUACCAUUUCAAUCUCAAUGCUACUGCGGUAUUCGCAUCAUCAAAUCUUCGUCUUCAUUGUUGAUCUGCUUCAGAUGUUGGAAUUCAAUAUUCCUGUUCGCUUCCCUGCGGCACCACUAUUGACGGUUAUCCUGGCACUAGUCGGAAUGGAGGCCAUCAUGUCAGAGUUCUUCAACGACACAUCGACCGCGUUCUACAUCAUCUUGGUGGUUUGGUUCGCUGAUCAAUACGACGCAGUGUGCUGUCACACGUCUGUCACAAAACGUCACUGGUUAAGAUUCUUCUAUUUGUACCAUUUUUCAUUCUACGCCUAUCACUAUCGGUUCAACGGACAGUACAGCAAUCUGUCGCUCUUCACUUCGUGGCUCUUCAUUCAGCAUUCGAUGAUUUACUUCUUCCACCACUACGAGCUACCAGUGAUAAUACAACAAGCUCAACUGCAGCAGAUUAUCCUUCAAACCCGUGACGGUCAAAUGCCGCCCCCAACCGGGCUCAACAGACAGCCCUCCCCAGCACAGCAGCAGCGUCAACAGCAGCAACAAGCGGGCCAACAAGUGCCACCUGGGCAGAAUGGACCCCAGCAGCAGCCACCACCGCGAACCAACGUCUUGGACGGCCUUAUCAAUGCGGUUCGGUUCCAACGUCGAAACAAUGAUAACAACAACAACAACCGCAACAUUCUAAUCAGCAUACCCCGUUAUUACGGAUUUUUAUCAAUGAACGGGAACAAUAAUAACAACAACGGAACGCUGGCGUUUGCGAAUGGAGUUCCUGCGGCCCUGCGAAACAUCGCGCACACUUUGGUACAAAGCCUACGAGCCAACGUGGCCGCCGGCAUGGAAUUGCUGGGCAACAUGAACCUUAACAACAACAACAAUCUAUUUGCCCAGCGACUACGGUUUGGAUUUGGAAACGUUCCAAACAUUCGGAACCAUCCGUUGCGGAUCAGAAUAGUUGGUAGGACGCCAACUAUCAUUCGACCGACUGCGACCUCCAUGGGUACCGGAUCGAACACAUCACCCGGUGGCAACGCAACGUCACGCCCACUGAGUGUAGAUAACAUCGCCGUAGCAUCGGCCGUAGAUCCUCGGUUGAACUAUCAACGCAAUUAUGAAGCAAAUAACUUCAUUUUCCCAGAAGCAGUACUUACGCAGCAUCAGCAGCAACAGCAGUCUGACCAGCACCAGGAGCUGGCAACGAACGGUAUCGGUUCGGUCAGCGAUCCCAAUGACGCUGAUAAAAUUUACAACAUAGAAAGUGUUGCCCACCAGGAGGGCAAUUCUAACUCCGGCAGCAGCAAGGCUGACGCCGAAGUUGCCGAUGUAAAUAGUCGCCAAGCUCUUAGUUCCACCCACCUAGAGAUUAGUCAAGAGCAGCCACAAGGGUCUGCCAGUCUGAAUAGUAUAGAGAACCCAUCCAGUAGGUCUCCGGAGAAAGCAGUGCUGAAUUCAAGCGGUGAAGAGUCAUAAAGAAUGGGUCGAACUGCAAAUCGUUUUGUGAUGAUUCAUUAUUUCUGUGUAGGCUCAUACAUAUAUCUGUGAACUCUUUUUUUUUACUGUGAAUGACACAUUGAAUUUGUAGGGCGAAGUAAAGCAACGAUCUGCUAGUAAGCUGAAGAAACACGAAAAGCUAUUAAUUAACGGGAGGGAAUGUUCUUUCUCUCCUCUUUGUAUAUAGAAGCGCUGGAACAGCUGAUUUACGAUAAACAAUUAUGCCUGGUUUUGUUUGUGUUCAUCUGAAUAUUAGAACCAAUAAGAUUCUUCAGCUGAGAAUUGCAGCAAAUUAUAAUAAAGUUUGGAACAAUGACGAAACUAUUUGCAACAUUUAUCAAGUUGUGUUUAUUAAUGAAACAGUAUCGUUGGUUCUUUUGUUUUAAUGAAA